CCUCUCUCUCUCUCUCUCAUCAUCAUCGCAGAGGAGACGAUCGUACGCGACGAAUCCUAGAGAGAUUGAGAGGUACAGCGAGUUUUGUCGGUGUCUCAGGGAGAUUAGACCGGAGCCAAAGGUUGUUGGCGAUCUAUAUUGAAGAAGUGAACAAGGAUGCGCAAGUGGAUCUGUUGUACAUGUCAGAUAGAAGACUCAAAUGAAGAGCAACAACUGAAAAGUUCGCAGCAGCAAUCUGAUGCAAAUCAUAAGAAUCCAAAACCAGCACCUGUUGCAAAACACGAGAUGAAGAAGGAAGCUCUUCCGAUCGAGGUCCCUCCCUUGUCUUUGGAUGAGGUGAAGGAAAAGACUGAAAAUUUCGGAUCAAAGGCACUGAUUGGUGAAGGGUCUUACGGGAGAGUAUAUUAUGCGACACUAAAUGAUGGUGUAGCGGUUGCUCUGAAGAAACUUGAUGUCGCGCCUGAAGCUGAAACAGAUGCCGAAUUCUUGAGUCAGGUUUCCAUGGUCUCUAGGCUGAAGCAUGAAAAUCUCAUUCAAUUGCUUGGUUUUUGUGUUGAUGGAAACCUACGCGUCCUUGCAUAUGAGUUUGCAACAAUGGGGUCGUUGCAUGACAUCUUGCAUGGUAGGAAGGGAGUUCAAGGGGCACAGCCAGGUCCAACACUUGACUGGAUAACAAGGGUGAAGAUAGCGGUUGAGGCAGCUAGGGGUUUGGAAUACCUUCAUGAGAAGUCUCAGCCUCCUGUAAUCCACAGAGACAUAAGAUCUAGCAAUGUCCUUCUUUUUGAAGACUACAAAGCAAAGAUUGCUGAUUUCAAUCUCUCGAAUCAAGCACCGGAUAAUGCUGCCCGUCUUCACUCGACAAGAGUCUUGGGGACUUUUGGUUAUCAUGCUCCAGAAUAUGCAAUGACUGGACAGUUGACUCAGAAGAGUGAUGUGUACAGCUUUGGGGUUGUACUCCUAGAACUUCUUACAGGGAGGAAACCGGUGGAUCAUACCAUGCCUCGAGGUCAACAGAGUCUUGUAACCUGGGCGACACCAAGACUCAGUGAAGAUAAAGUGAAACAGUGCAUUGAUCCAAAGCUAAAAGCCGAUUACCCUCCAAAAGCAGUUGCUAAGCUAGCAGCAGUGGCAGCAUUGUGUGUGCAAUACGAAGCAGAGUUUAGACCAAAUAUGAGCAUAGUUGUGAAGGCGCUACAGCCUCUCCUGAAACCUCCAGCCGCAGCUCCAGCACCAGAAUCUUGAAACUCUUUUUUAUCUUUUUUCCAAUGCAACUAUCAGAACGAAUCUACAUAGUACCAUUGCCAUAAAUGAUAAUGAGGUUGGUUUUGAGAGUGAUAAAUAUUAAAGAUGAUGAUAUUAU